CCGGGACACGAGAUUCGCUAAAUGGCCGUUGAAUUGCGUUACGAAGGGUCGGACGACCCGCCAGCGUUUCUAGUGAAAUUCACCAACGGACAAUUGAACUGCGAAAAUGUCGAGGAGGUGCCAGAUGUGACGUUGUUGAAGGCAGAGGAUGACUCGAAUGCGACAUCAGCGAAUCCUAGACGCAUGCUGUUGGCUGAAACAUCUCAGAUGGUGUAUUUGGGAAAGAACUUUGGCCCAGACAGACAUCCAGACAAUUUCUGCAAAUAUCUGGUUGGUCUAAUGGAUCGUGUGACAGGAGAGAUGACUUUGCAUGAUGCUCUGACCAUCACAAUGCAUCCUAGACCACACAUGGUCUCCUCGGAAUCGGAGGGGGAGAGCAAUGCUGUUGGUGACAUGAGCUAUCGUGAACAGUAUUCAAAGCUGAUAGAAAGUUUUGGUAGUGGGAGAAAGAAGAAGCUAGUUGAAGCACGGCAGAAGAGUCAACUUGAUGACUCAUCUCUUGAUGCAUCUAUCGUCAUCGCCAAGGAUUACGCUCAUACAGAAUUAGACAACGAAGACAGUUCAUCUUUGAACGAGCAGUGGAUGUCCAACCAAGCACGCAUGAUACCUCCUUUUGAUGCUAAUGCAGAAACUCCAAUGGAUGUGUUUAAGCUGGAAGAUUUGAUUACCCCGGAAGAGUAUAAUGCUAUCAAAGGCUUGGCUCAGUCAUUUGUUGAAGCAAAACAAAGCGAUGUAGACCAGUGGAGAACUGAAAAGAAAUACCCAGAGUAUGUUCUUAGACAUGUGGAGCAACUGUGGGCGGUCGUGGCAUCCAAAGUAGUCAAACGUCGGGCGAGAUGUCUUACCUACUUGUCAUUCCUGAUGGCUAUCUAUAACACUCCUCAUCGAGAAUUCACUCAACACGGAUUGCAGCAGUUCAAUUUGCCAUCUGUGGUUGAAAAUAGAAUCAAGAGUUUGUUUACGGAAUCACCGGCCAGGGUCGACAGAAAGUCACGCUGCGUUAUUCCUUCACGUUUGAGGGACAAGCUGCUGUGCUAUAUUCUUGUGUUGUCACUCUACAUUGACAACUUCUCAUUUGAUUGUGCGAUACUGGCACGAGACUUAGGAAUUCAGCCGCAGAAAAUGGGUGAGUACUGGAGAACUAUUGGCUGCCACAUGAAAACUCAGAAACAGAAGGCAAGCUCGAGUAGUGGCGACUCUGAUCAAAUGCGGAUUCUCAAUGUCGAACUGAAGGUCCCAUUCAAGUUGCCUUCACCUCGGAAACGCUCUGCACAGAGAACACGUUAAUUAAUGAGUUCAUGUUUGCACAGCAUAUCUAAUCAUUAAUUAAUUAAUUAAUUAAUUACCGUACAUACGGGUAUUUUGUUAUACGGGAUAGGGUAAACAAUGUCAAGCAAGAUUCCA